AUGACCUACUCGUUCUCUAUUAGUGUUGAGAUCGGCGGCCAGCGCAUCAGCGUCGGCCCGCAAGGCGUCCAGGGCAAUGCCAAAGGUGUACACGUCCAAAGAGGCCAAGGACGGACGAGCAUACACAUCGAUGCUGGCGCGUCGCGUCGGGGCCACUCACGUUCCCCAUCAUUUACGCAUACUUCGUCGAAUGUGCCUUCAUCAGCAUACCAGCAGCAACAACACGCUCAACAACACGCGCAUCCCCACGCAUUUACGACCUUCGGUCAUCAAUCUCAGUCUGCGUCUCACAACCACACCCACCAGCACGCUCAGGCUCAUCGGCCACCCUUCGCACAUCGACCAGACUCGUAUGAACACGAACGCGACGCGCGCCGGCGCGCGGCUGAGGAACGGUUGCAUGCGGCCUCCGAGCGCUCGCGCACGCAUAACGAACAAUUCGCGCGGGAAUACGAAGCACGGCGACAUUUGGCCGAAGCGCGUCUACGCGAAGCCGAAGCACGGGCGAGAUUGAGAGCGGAAGAACUCGCGCAGGCUGCACGGAGGCUUCAGCGUGAGGAGAAGAAAGCUCAGGAACGAGCUGCACGAGCCGAGCAGGAGCGACGCGAACGGUUACGCGCGAUCAAGGAGGCCUGGGCGGCGUACGACGCGCAGGGAUCUUCUCCGCCUGAGCGUCUCAAGUUCCGCAGAAUCCUUUGGCCGGUCUUGACACCUCCCUCGCGUGCACCGCCUGAGGCGCCUGGCGCGCCACCUGUUGUGACCGGCCUUACCCGUGACGCUUUGCGCGAGUUCCUACUUUCACCUGUCCACUCGACUGGUGUGAGCGAUCGCGCGAGGGUGCAGGCCGCGCUGAGGAGGUGGCACCCGGACAAGAUGGGGCGUGUAUUGGGGAGGGUCGUGGAGAGGGAUCGCGCAGCGGUCGAAGAAGGCGUCCGGAUUGUUGCAGGCGAACUUGCGGCACUGCUGAAGGAGGUCAGCGCAGCGCGCCGAGCAUAG